AGUUGACCGUCAUUGUCAAACUCACUGCUGGUAAGGUCACCAUGACGCUCGAAUGCUUGAUUGCUCUGUAUCGGCCAGACUCAGUCGUCAUGGGCUUGAGAGGUCAGCGCGGAAUGAUGCAAACCUGGGAGUGCAUAUUUCGGCCCGUCAGGUGUGGGCAGCGUAUCAAAUCAUCGCCUCUCGAAUUCCCCCGUGUUAAUCAUCGUUGUUCGCCCUGAGAGAAAGGUCAGGAAAGUACUUGCCAAGAGACGAGCUGACC